AUGGCCACUUUAUGCGCAGCCAUGAAGCCUGCAGUAGUUAUUGUACCCGGCAACUUCAGUCUCCCUCGCUUCUGGAGCACCAUCCAGCAAUCAGUCCAAGACAAGGGAUACCCUGUCGAAGUCGUCUGUCUGAAAUCGUCGAGAGAAGAAACUAUCGAUCCUGCACCUGGAUUGGCUGAUGACGUGAAAGAAGCUACAUCAGUCCUCAAUAAGUAUAUCGAUCAGGGAAAAAAUGUUGUGCUACUUAUGCAUUCGUAUGGAGGCAUGGUUGGAACCGAGGCUACUCGCGGCCUGGCUCGCUUCGAGCGCGAGAAAGCUGGUUUAAAAGGCGGGAUCACUUAUCUGGUCUUCCUGGCUUCCAUCUUUGCACCGCCGGGCAAAAGCACAAGGGGACUAUAUGAGGCGAAUCCGGGUCGCUAUCCCCGUCGAGAGGGCGAUUACCUCGUCUGCGAUGAAGACACGGCCAUGUGCUUUUACAGUGAACUGACGAAAGAGCAAGGACUGCCACUGGCUCAAGCCGCCUCCCAUGUCUACCAAGCUGCAAGAGCGUUUGGAGACGAACAAACAUACGACGGUUUCCACAAGCUUAUUCCUUCGAGUUGGAUACUCACUAAGAAAGAUGUGUUGGUUCCGGAGGCUGCGCAGAGAAUGUUUGUUGCUCGGCUUGAGAAACAAGGAGGCCGGAGUGUGCCUGUGGUUGAGCUUGAUACAGGUCAUUCACCUCAUCAAACAAACCCGCCAUUGUUGAUGGAUACUUUAGAAAAGAUACUCGAGCGAUUGUCUUGA